AUGGCAGAGAUGAGCCCCAAAGGCCACCAGAAACCGGGACCAACACUCCACCCCCCCAGAGCCACCCAGACCCCCAAAACUCGACCACAGCCCCAUAGCCGGCCCGCCGUCCAGAGAGGCCACCAUUCCCCAGCAAGGACGGCCUGGCUAAGAGUGCCCACCCAACUGCUAACAGAGCAAGGGGCACCCAGGGCGGGCCCCCGCCACAGCAAAGGGGCCAACCAGCCAGCCCAGCACGGCCCCCAGCCACCACCAACGGCCACCAACCCAAUCCCAACCCCAGAAGACAUACUGCACCCACCCCAACAUUCGGGCCACUAUCAGAACAUACCCAGGCUGGGUCGACCCCCCGCCACUAGCUCCAUGUCACGCCCCCAGCCAAUCCUGCCCCCAGCCCAUGAGAACUGCAGACCACCAGCGCACCAGAGGCCCCCAGCCCAGAGCCGGGUACCAGGGCACUCACAGGCCCAGGGCCCAGCAACCCGCCCGCCAGAGCCCAAGUCCCCCCGCCCCACCAGAGCCACAGCCCAGGGGCGGCACACCCCCAGAGUCCCAAGACCCCCGCGCACACCCCGGACCCACCCAAGCACGGCUAGGCAACCGGACCAGCGACCUAUGACCGCCAGUACAAACUACCAGAGGGUCCACAUGCAGCCACCCGAAGACAUCCCCCAGAACCACCAAGGCCCUCCCCAGA